UUAAAGCAAAACCGUGAUACUCUGUUAAUACAAGCAGAUUUUAAAAUUUUAUGCAAAGUUGGAAUGUUUUUGUUGUGAUUCGGCUUUGGGGGCCCCUUAGCUUAUUCGUCUCUUUUGGGCUUGUCUGGCAGAAGCUUCAGUUUAGGAACAUUCCAGCCAGCCUAAAUUUUGCAUUGCUCUAAUAUUUGAUAAUUUUCAUCAUUCCCUGUAUUUUAUUUUUAUGGUGACAAACUCCUGGUCUAGUCCAAGAAUAAGAACGUCUCUGUUUUGCUUCCAAUGCUCUAUUUGCUGGUGCUCAGCAUUCUGUGACGUAGAAAGAUCGGGGCAGUUGGUUUAUAAGCCAGCAUCCUCCUCCUCCAGGGGAAAGAUACAGGCAGAGGUUUCCCCCUUCACACAUACAAGAGAUUUCUCUCCCUCACUUUCUUCCUGAUAUAAUAUGAAGUGCAUUUAUUAGCUCAAGGUUCACCAAGUACACAAGGAAGAUGCUAGAAUCCUUUAAACAUGUAAGGAUGCUGGGUCACAUGACACAACCAGUCAAACCAGUAAGAUCCCAUAAAGUGGGGACAGCUGGGGAGUACGGCCAUCAGAGGGGCCCUGAGCCGGCGUGUGUCAGAGCUUCCCACCAUGAGCCCGGCUCUCCACAGCGUCGCGUCUUCACUGCAGAGAAGCGGAACGUUUAUCAAUUCUUUAAUCGCAGCAUUGACUAUCGGUGGGCAACAAGUGUUCUCCUCCUUCACAUUCAGGUGUCCCUGCCAAGUGGGGAAAAAUGUCUUGUAUGGUUCUGCGUUCCUUGUCAUGCCUGCCCUGAUCCUCCUGGUGGCGGGCUACGCUCUGAGAAGGCAGACGUGGGCGAUCGCCGGGGAGCAUUGCUGCAGCUGCGCCCCCAGGCCCCGCAGGCUCAGCCCCCUGGAGCGCAGGCUGGCUUGCCUCGGCUGCCUCGGCGUCACUGGCCGGGCAGUUGUUGCUCCCCUGGCCUGGCUGGCAGCGACGCUGCUGACCGGCACCUACUACGAAUGCGCGGCCAGUCAGUUUGCCUCCGUGGACCAUUACCCGGUGUUUGCCAACAUCAGCGCCAGCAAACGAGAAGAGAUCUUGGCUGGGUUUCCGUGCUCCACGCCAGCGCCUUCUGACCUCCUCCUAGUGAGAGAUGAAAUAGUUCUUCUGCACAGAUACCAGUCACAAAUGCUGGGCUGGAUUUUGAUCACCUUGGCAACCAUCGCUGUUUUAGUCUCCUCCUGUCUGGCGAGAUGCUGCUCUCCCCUCACCUCUCUGCAGGACUACUACUGGAACAACCACCUCCAGAAUGAGAGACAGCUCUUCCAAGAGGCAGCAGAGCAGCACUCCAGGCUCCUCAUCAUGCAGCGGAUAAAGAAACUAUUUGGCUUCAUUCCCGGGAAUCAGGAUGUCACACACAUCCGUAUUCCUACAUGUCAGGACUGGAGAGAUAUUGCAGCACCCAGUCUUCUAUGCAUGGGUGAUUUCUUGCAAGGUGACUAUAGCUGCCUUGGAGACAGGGUGGAUGAGGAUAAUGAACAAGACACAGCGAGAGAUAUUGAAUUAAAACCUUCAUUGUAGCACCUUUCAUAAUUCAGGUUCUGUGACAGAUACUUGGUUAUUGAUCAAUGUAAGCUUUUCUCUCUCUUCUGACAUGUGUUUACGUAAGUCCACCUAAAAUGUUAUUUCCAAAAUCAAGUUACCUGGUAAGUGAGCCUGCCUCUCUCUGUGAAAUUUCACUGAUGGUCUGGUAAUGCCUAGAGUAUCACACUGGUCUAAUUAAA